GUCGGAACCAAUCUUGAGCAAUGGCUGGUCCAGAGCAUAUCCGAACACUUUUGUACACUGUAAACAAUUUGCUUCAGCAGGAAAAAUAUAAGGUUUUUCUUGCCGUUAUAAAAGGAUUCAGAAAUGGAGCCGUAUAUGGAGCGAAAAUCCGAGCCCCCCACGCCCUUGUGAUGACAUUUUUAUUUAGAAGUGGAAGCCUGAAAGACAAACUGAAAGCCAUUGCACAGGCGACGUACACUCACUCCCGCAACUUGGCCUACUUUGUAUUCACGUACAAGGGGCUUCAGGCCUUGCAGGAAAGAAUCCAGGGGAAGAGCCUUCAGUCACAGUCCUUCCUUGCAGCCUGCCUUGGAGGGUGGCUGGUGUUCGGAGACAACAACAACAUCAACAGCCAGAUCAAUAUGUACCUGCUGUCUCGGAUUCUCUUUGCCCUGUCCCGUUUGGCUGUGGAGAAGGGCUACAUCCCGCAGCCUAAGAGAGACCCAUUCCCACUGUUUGCAGCUCUGGUGUGGGGCAUUGUUCUCUGGCUGUUUGAGUAUCACCCUCAUACUCUGCAGCCGUCACUGCAGUCCUCCAUGAACUAUCUGUACCACGACAGCAAUGUGUGGCAUGACAUCUCUGACUUCCUUGUCUAUAAUAAGCCAAGGACUGGGGCCCAGAAGUGAAGCUAGGCUUUUUAUCCUCGAAUAAUCUGAAGAUAUUUAGUACGGGCAUUUUAAAUAUGAGGCUGAAUGUCAAUAGCUGUAAACUUUAUGGAAGAGGAUGUGGUCUUGCACCUUGACAUACAUUAAUGGUUGGUUGCCUUAACAUGGCAGAUAAUUAGCAUUUUAAGUACUUUACAUGAACAUUUGCAUUUUUUACAUUUGAUUCAGAAUUUACUGCACACAGAGUGUACGUGGUCGUACUUGAUGCAUUUUUGCAUUUCUUGUUCUUUUGAACAGUCAAAAGAUGAGACUUGCAUUUAGCUGGAAUGUGAUUGAAGCAGGGUGCUCCUCUUCCCCCUUAAAUUUUAACGAUGAAGCUACUAUGUAAGAUUAAGGGGGAAAAUGUAGAUUUUAAUUGUAAUUAUUUUGUUGUUAACGUUUAUUAACGUUGUUCUUUCUGAGAUAUGUGCAAACAAAUCACAGUUUGUGCAUACAACAAUUAAUAUAUGUUGAAUAAUCAUUGCAGAUUUUUGCAGUUUAGUGUGUGUGAUUGUACAUUAUGUCACAGGCAUUCAUAAGAGCCUGUGUUAAGGCAUCAGUAUUUUGGAGUAUGGUGAUGUUCUCUUGACUCCAGUAUGAUUCUCAGUAGUGUGUGAGAGCAGGAGAAGAAAGGAGUAGAGGUAAAUACAUGGACAAUGCACAAAAAAAAACCAAACAAACAAUAUUUCAGAUUUUUCCCUUUUUCUCCCAGUUUGGUAGCCAAUUGUACCCCAUCUAAUCCAAUUAGUGUUAGCUGGGGGAUACACCGCCCACACCCCGUCUCGCCUCAUGCUCAUGACCGUGAUUCCGAGGCACCCGGGGUGCUGUUGUGCGCGGCGAUCCGCUGACCCUGCCAAGUCCCUCCGCCUGGAGCAGCAAGCCAAUUAUGCUGCUCCACGUGAGCCAGCCAGACAUCAAGCUUCUCUGAUGGUACAAGAUGUCCUGCACUUUUAGUCCUCUGGAAACUAUUCAUUUUGUGUUCCAGGAAAAUGUCUCAAACCAAAAGGUGCUUUUACCAACUGUCUGGAUUUGUUUUAAAUGUAACUAGAGGGCAUACAUUUGUUGAUUCAUUUCUUUAAAAGGCCACUUUUUCACAGAAUAUAUUGUGCAUUUGUGCAAAUGAAAAUCAUAGUGCAUACCACAACUUUGCACUCCAGGUACAUUUUUGAUCCAAUGAAUCACGGGAAUUUACACUUAUUUUGUGUGGAAGCAAAAUGCAGUAAAAAGUUUACUGUGUUUGGAAAUAAUCUGCUGUUAACUAAUUUACACAUCUGUGAAAGUCUACGACAAAUAAAUACGUAAAUGCAAAA